UCAUGAAUUUCACAAAAUAACAAAACCUUUGUUUGCUCACCCCCCAGUAAACAACAACAUCGUCAGAUGUUUUUCUUUCGUGGUUUGCAUCGCAAAUUUCCGUGAUGAUCGUCACGUAGAAGAUUUGAAACAAACGAUGGCACUGCUAACGGUGCGCCAUCCUCCGGUGGCACUGCGACCCUUUGCGCUCGCAAUUCUGUUCGGCCAGCAGCGCAAGAGUACGAAUGUGGACGCAAUCGAUUCGUUCAUCAGCGAGCUGGUGGAGAAUAAAACGCUCAAGUGGAAGGUUCUGAACAACAAGAACCGUGUUCCGCCGCGUAAAAGUGAGGCGGUGGUCGUGGCGCCGUCGCCGGUGGGGGUUCCUAGCCGACGAUCGCCGUUCCGGUUGACGCAGAUCUUUGACGAUCUGACCUCGAACCCGUUGGUGGUGAACAUUGAGCCGCUGGAGCAGAUUCAUAUUGAUAAUUUGGUUGAGACCGCAAUUCAGGAGGGGAAUGAGAAGGAUGUCCACUUGCUGUUUGACCAGAUGUUGGAGUAUAGGCGUGUUCCGUCUCGGCAGGUACUAAAGAUGAUGUGCGAAUAUUUUGCCGGGGAAACGGACCGCAAACGACUGGAGCAGUUGGUUGGGCUUUGCAGGGUUGUCCUGUCGGAACAGACGGCUCUAAGUAAGGAUUACCUCCACUACAAGGCGCUGCUUCAGUGGAAAAUGGGAAACUCCGCCAAAGCGUUGGAGAACUUCAAGGAAGCCCUGCAGGACUGUCCGGCUAUAACGAAGCAGGACAUCAACCGGCUGCUGCAGGGCAUCGUGGACGAAACGAUCGGCAAGAAGAGCGAAGCCGUCCUGUUGGCUGUGAUCGAGUUGGGAGAAUUCUGCAUGUUUCAGCUCAAGGACGAGUUCCUGCUGUGUUACGUGUGGGAGGGCAGCUUCCGGAGUCAGUGGUUCAGCGAUCAGGAAGCGGCCAGAGCACUGUUUGACAAACACGCCGAGCUGAGGGUCGCGAUCGCGAGAAGACUGGGCAAGCUCUGCUUCACCUAUAUGCAGGAGUUCAACGCCGAACCGGUGUACCGACUGAUGGAGCUGUUCCUGAAGCACAAAAUGCUACCUCAAUGUCAGCAGGUUCUGGUGCGCCUGUUUGAGUAUCAAUACUGGCGCCGAGAUCUGCGCGCCUGCUCGGAAAUCAUGCAGAACUCGAUCGACCUGGACAUCACGCUGCCGGACAUUUACAACCGCAAGCUGUUGGACCUGCUGCUCGGCCGAACCACGGCCGGGCCACGGUUGCAGCACUCCCCGGUCGGGGCAGUUUCGUCCACUAGCACUGCUGCUGGUGCGACGCCAUCCGAUCCAAAGCGCAAGGCAAAGAGUUACGAACUCAAGUUUUAAUGCUGAUUGAAGAUUUGUACAGAGCAACAAAGUGUGUGUGAGUCACUUUAGAUUACGAAAAAAGAAAUGUUUUGUUUUUU